UGCAGCAGCAUCUGACAACGAAGCAUAUAAAUACUAAGCGUUCGAGAAAUUCUUCAUCUUUACAGCUGUUACACACAAAAAAUGCUGAAAGUUGUGUUAUUCCUCUGCGGGCUUCUUGCCCUCUCUCAAGGGCGAUUACUCAACCCGAGAAUCGUCAAUGGUAUCGAUGCCAAACAAGGCGAAAUUCCUUUCCAAGUAUCUCUGCAAAGAUACGGCAGCCAUUUCUGCGGAGGUUCUGUCUUAAACGAGAACUACGUCGUGACAGCAGCUCACUGUCUUCAAGGAUCACCGCCCGAUGGAAUCAGCAUCGUUGUUGGAACACUUGAAUACAAAAAACCAGGUCAAACCCGUGAGGCUGUGAAAAUCACAAUUCAUGAACGUUUCUCCCCUGCUAACUCGUAUUCCAAUGACGUUGCUUUGAUCAAGAUCAACACUCCUUUCAAAUUCAACAAACUGGUACAGCCAGUUCCUCUGCCAGAUCUACACACCAAAAUCGCCACCAACAGUACCGCUGUUGUUUCUGGAUGGGGCAGACUUGGAGGUGCUAACGGUGGUAUUCCCGACACUCUCAAGAAGGCUCAAAUCUGGGUUGCUGACCCUGACUAUUGCCGUGAAGUAAUGAAGAAGCAAGGGAUGAUCAUCCACCCAACUCAGAUUUGUGCUAACGAUCCGACAACCAGGAGAGGACAAUGCAACGGAGACUCUGGUGGCCCAUUGAUUGUCAACGGCAAGCUUACUGGAAUUGUUUCCUGGUCAAUUAAGGACCCUUACUGUGCUAGCACUGAAUACCCUGGUGUUUACACUCGUGUUCCUGAAUUCAUCGACUGGAUUCUUGAACAUGCCGUAUAAGACUGCAUACAUUUGUUCUAGUUAUAUGUACCGAAUGUUUCUGAACAAGAAUUGUUUAACACCAUCAAAGAAUUGACAAAAAUUGAAAAAAAAGGUUACUUUUACGUCUGUUGUACAUACAUAAUAUUCUUACGAAAUGUUAACUUAUUUUUUAAAACACAAUUUUGAAUAAAAUUAAUUUUUUCUACUAA